AUGGCAUCAGUAUCUGGUAGCAGAAUCGUACGGAUAGGUAUUGAUGUAGGAGGCACGAACACUGACGCGGUGGCAAUUAACCCAUCUCAGCAGCAAGAGAAAUCUCGUGGUGUCUUAGCACAUGCCAAGACCCCAACGACACCAGAUGUCACAUCCGGAAUCAAAACGGCUGUCUCAAAAAUACUGGAGACGUCAAGUAUACCCGCUGAAGACAUCGCCAGUGUCACUGUCGGCACAACCCACUUCAUCAACGCCGUGGUAGAGCAGGAUGCUCGUCGUCUACAACGUGUGGCGGUUCUGCGACUGUCCAAAUCGUUUCUUCGCGAAGUCCCACCUUUCUCUGACUGGCCUCUGGGCUUGGCUGGCAUCAUUAAAGGUUAUGUUGGCUACUGCGACGGCGGUCUGCAUAUUGAUGGUAGCGAGGAGGCACCGGUAGACGAGUCCCAGGUCAUUGAACGCUGCGCCGAGAUCAAGAAGCUUGGCCUCCAGGCGGUCGUUAUUGUCGGAGCAUUCUCUCCAAUUGACGAAGUGUUCAGGCAGGAGGAUCACGUACGCGAUAUUGUGCUCCGAGAGAUCCCUGGAGCUCAAGUGGUCGUAUCGCAUGAGGUCGCCAACAUUGGAAUCCUCGAGCGCGAAAACGCAAGCAUACUGAAUGCUGCCAUCUUGACCUACGCGAAGCGGACAGUGAGGAGCUUCCGAAGAGCGAUGAAGGAUCUUAAGCUUACAUGUGCGCUCUUUCUGACGCAAAACGACGGUACGCUGUUGUCUGCGAACGAUGCAGCGAACAUCCCCAUCCGGACAUUUUCUUCCGGCGCCACCAAUUCAAUGCGCGGUGCUGCAUAUCUGUCCGAUCAUACCUCUGGGAGUGCUAUCGUAGUGGACAUUGGCGGGACGACGAGUGAUGUUGGGGUGCUUUUACCAUCUGGACUUCCGCGACAAGCAUCAGCAUACGUGACUGUAGCUGGCGUGCGUGUCAACUAUUCCAUGCCUCAUCUCCAUUCUAUCGGACUCGGUGGUGGCUCGAUUGUACGCCAGAGCGAAGCAAAAGUCACGGUCGGCCCGGACUCCGUCGGUCACUACCUCACUCAUGAUGCAUUGGUCUUUGGCGGCCAUGUUACUACUACCUCUGAUAUUGCGGUCGCUGCUGGUAAAGUCGAUAUGGGCGAUGGAGAAGCGGUCAAGACUCUGUCCACAUCUCUGAUCGAGUCCGCCCAGCAAUGUAUUGGGAGGUUGCUAGAAGGCGCGAUCGAUGUCAUAAAGACGUCCCCAGAUCCCAUGCCUGUGCUGCUCGUUGGUGGUGGUGCCGUCCUUGCACCCUCUACACUUGCAGGCGCCUCCGAGCUGAAGUUGCCGCCGUACUACGAUGUGGCGAAUGCAGUGGGUGCCGCCAUCUCCAAGGUCGGCGGCAUCGUAGACAUCAUCCAAGGUGUCGCCGAACAGACGAUCGAGCAAGCCGUCGACCAUGCCAAAUCCUUGGCCAUACAGCGCGCGAUAGACGCUGGUGCCGUCAAGGAGACCAUCGAAAUUGCGGAGGUGGAAAGCAUACCCGUAACAUAUGUGGCCAACCAGCUCCGCACCAUUGUGAAAGCUAUAGGUGAGCUCGACACCACACAACAGCCGGAGCAGAUUGAAGAAGACACCUCCGAUGCGCCAGACGAUACAGAAGUCAGCAAAGACUUUGCUGUCAAGGUCCCAGACGAGGCUCCAGUUGACCCGCGAAUAUAUGAGCCGACUGUCCGCCAAAAUGGUGAGACAGACAUUUGGGAAUGGCACAUCUCUGAGACCGACAUCGACUAUCUCGCCGAAGGCUGCUACGUCCUGGGAUGCGCUGGUGGAGGUAGUCCCGCCUCCUCGCGUAUUCAACAGCGGGAUAUGCUUCGAGCUGGCCAUAGAGUACGAGUCAUCGAUGCCUCGUCCUUACCAGAACACGCGAGUAUCUACUGGGGUGGUUUCAUGGGAUCGCCAGCUACGUCGAAUGAGCGUCUGAACAGUUGUGAGACUGUGAAUGCCUUUCGAGCUCUCAUUGAGUACUUACGCCACGACACCUUCGACGCCGUCAUGGGUCUCGAGAUUGGCGCGAACGGUCUCGAGCCUUUCCUCGUCGGCAGCUCGAGGUUCUUCGACCGGCCCGUGAUCGACGGCGAUUGGAUGGGUCGAGCAUAUCCGACCUACUGGCAAACAACAAUCGCGGUCCAUGCUCCGGGCGAACUCGUGCCUUGCGCCAUCGAUUCUGGUGACGGCAAGACCAUCCUCAUGACCCGGGCUUCCAACGACGAGAUCGUGGACCGAGCACUCCGCGCCUCAUGCUCCGAAAUGGGCUCCCGCGUCGGCAUGGCCGCCAAACCAACGACAACUGAUCGCGUACAACGCUUCGGCGUACUCGGCACUGUUUCGCUGGCCUGGCGGAUUGGUCGUUGUAUCAAGAUGGCCGAAGCAACCAACACCCUCUCAAGCGUCGCCGAAUCGAUCGUGAACGAAGUCGGCGGCCCAAAAAGCGCCAAGAUCCUCUUCCGAGGCAAGAUCGUGACCGUCGAGCGCCGUCUCUUCAAGGGCCAUUCCUACGGUCACAUCGUCAUAGCCGCCACGGGUCCCACUGACGAUGAAGAGCAAACUCUCAGCAGCACCAACGAAGCUACAUCAACCGCCAUGGAACCCCUCGCCACAACCGGUACCCUCCUCAUCCCUUUCAAGAACGAAAACAUCUACGCCGAACACACCGACCCCAGCGGCGCGAAAACCAUCCUCGCCGCCGUACCCGACCUUAUCGCCGUCCUCGACGCCGGUUCCGGCCGCUCCCUUGGCGUACCCGAAUUCAAAUACGGUUUCCGUGUCGCUGUGCUCGGGAUAACGUGUUCACCACGAUGGACGGAGACGAGCGCGGGACUGGCGAUCGGUGGACCGGGGGCGUUUGGGUACAACGAUGUGAUCUACAAGCCUUUGGGGGAGUAUGUGGAGCCGCGGAGCGUGAUCGAGGAGUUUGGUCCGGGGUCAGUAAGAAAUGAUGGGUAG